AUGGCCGUUGGAGUAGCCGACCCGAGACAGGAGUGCACCGUCCGCCCCGGCAAAGCUAAUACCGAAGAGGUGGCUAAGGGUAUCAAGAUUACUGACGUCCUCGUCUGGACAGCUUUUAUGCAAGAGCAUCGCUAUGGGAAAUUCCACUGGCCGGCUAGUCAAGAAGACCACAAACUUGCUUCGGAUUUCUUUCAAAAGUUACCUACGCUUCUUUCUUCGGGCCAGAUUAAGCCAAACUCUUAUAAACUCUUCAAGAACGGUUUUGACGACGUAUCCCGGGGAUUUCAGGAGUACCGCGACGGUAGUAUCUCAAACUAUAAGAUUGUUUACAAGGUUUAG